CUAGAGGCGCCCCGCCGCCGGCCCGCGGAGCCCCGAUGCUGGCCCGGAGGAAGCCGGUGCUGCCGGCACUCACCAUCAACCCCGCCAUCGCCGAGGGUCCUUCCCCCACCAGCGAAGGAGCUUCUGAAGCGAACUUGGCAGACCUCCAGAAGAAGCUAGAGGAGCUAGAGCUAGACGAACAGCAGAAGAAGCGUCUGGAAGCCUUCCUCACCCAAAAGGCCAAGGUCGGCGAGCUCAAGGACGAUGACUUUGAAAGGAUUUCAGAGCUGGGAGCCGGGAAUGGUGGGGUGGUCACCAAAGUGCAGCAUAGACCCUCGGGCCUCAUCAUGGCCAGGAAGCUGAUUCACCUGGAGAUCAAGCCAGCCAUCCGAAACCAGAUCAUCCGGGAGUUGCAGGUUCUGCAUGAGUGCAACUCCCCAUACAUCGUGGGCUUCUACGGGGCCUUCUACAGCGAUGGGGAGAUCAGCAUCUGUAUGGAGCACAUGGACGGAGGUUCCCUGGACCAGGUGUUGAAAGAAGCUAAGAGAAUUCCGGAAGAGAUCCUUGGGAAGGUUAGCAUUGCGGUUCUCCGGGGCCUGGCGUACCUCCGGGAAAAGCACCAGAUCAUGCACAGAGAUGUAAAGCCUUCCAACAUCCUGGUCAAUUCCAGAGGGGAGAUCAAGCUGUGUGACUUCGGGGUGAGCGGGCAGCUCAUUGACUCCAUGGCCAACUCCUUUGUGGGGACACGCUCCUACAUGUCGCCGGAGCGCCUGCAGGGUACCCACUACUCUGUGCAGUCGGACAUCUGGAGCAUGGGCCUGUCAUUGGUGGAACUAUCCAUUGGAAGGUACCCCAUCCCCCCGCCGGACGCCAAGGAGCUGGAGGCCAUCUUUGGCCGGCCCGUGGUCGACGGGGCCGAGGGAGAGCCCCACAGCAUCUCACCACGGCCGCGGCCCCCCGGACGCCCCAUCAGUGGUCACGGGAUGGACAGCCGGCCUGCCAUGGCCAUCUUUGAACUGCUGGACUACAUUGUGAAUGAGCCUCCCCCGAAGCUGCCUAGUGGUGUCUUCACCCAGGACUUCCAGGAGUUUGUAAAUAAAUGCCUGAUCAAGAACCCGGCUGAGCGUGCUGACCUGAAGAUGCUGAUGAACCACACCUUCAUCAAACGGUCCGAGAUGGAAGAAGUGGAUUUUGCCGGCUGGUUGUGCAAAACCCUGCGUUUGAACCAGCCCAGCACGCCCACGCGCACUGCCGUGUGA